AUGGGUGCCAGCGAGUCAAAGCCGUCUUCCAACACGCCCCCACACCUGUGGAAGGCCCCUCCGCCGUCCGGCAUCUCUCACGACCUCGUCGAGCACCUGCAGACUAGUCCUGAGACCGAUGCGUCCCGCGCGCAGCUCUCCGAGCUCCAGGUUCAGGCCCGUGUUGCCGAGGAGCUGAAGCGCCUGCAGGCAAAGGAGUCGGAAGCUCUCAAGCUCGCCCACGAAAAGAUCGCCGCCGAGGAGAAGCCCGCGCCGGAGGGCCAGCGCAGCCACGAGAGCGUCACGAAGGAGAUCGAGGCCCUGCGCACGAAGCUUGCUGAGCGCAAGAAGAUCCGUGAGCUCCCCCAGAGCGUGGAGACGGCCCGCAGCGAAGUUGUGCGAUGCCUGCGCGAGAACGACCGCCGGCCGCUUGACUGCUGGAAGGAGGUUGAGGCGUUCAAGGAGGAGGUGAAGCGGUUAGAGAAGGGUUGGGUUGAGAAGGUCGUCUCGUAA